UACUUUGUGCAUAGAUCUGGUUGCUAUAAAGAAGACUCACAGAGUGAAGCAGCAGGCUAACGGGAGCUUUGUGCCUGCAGACCUUUACCUUCCAAUCUUGCUUGUGUCUAGCCAUGCACAAGUUUCUCUUGGCUUUAGUCCUGGGGGUGCUGCUCUUGGAGAUGAGGUUGGGGAGUGAGGCCAGGACACCCCCUUACGGUGUGAAACUGUGUGGCAGAGAGUUCAUCCGAGCGGUUAUCUUCACCUGCGGGGGAUCUCGCUGGAGACGGGCAGGAAACCUUGCUGCCCUCCCUGGAGGGGAUUCUGCAGAAACCUUCAUUGCAACUUCAUCCUCCAAUGAAUGGGAUCCAGUCCGUGUCCCCUUGAAGGAGCCAUCAGACUAUUAUGGGAGCUGGCGAGGUCAACAGACCCAGAGUUCCCCAGAAGAAAUCUGGGCUUUGGAUCGUGGGUCCCGAGAUGUUAUGGCUGGACUGAGCAAUGCCUGCUGCAAGUGGGGUUGCAGCAAGAGUGAAAUCAGCUCCCUGUGCUAAAACAGCAGUUUGCGUUUGUAUAUACAUAUGUAUGUGUGUAUGUCUUAUGUGUAAGUGAACUUCACAAAAAGGGAAGUACAUGUAAAUAUUUGUGAGCAGGGGUGUAAUUAGGCAGCAGUGACAAAAUGAGGGCAUUGUCUCCCACCCCAAAAUAAGAACCUUGCCUUGCAAAUCAAUACUUUUACUCAUUCCUCAAAUUUCUAGUAUUGCAGUUUAAAUCGCCAGCUGAACAUUUAGGCAUCCAAAGAAAAGUGGCAUGCAAAGUAACCCAAGGGGAUACAAAUGUAACAAAAAGAAAAAAGUAGGUGUGAACCAUUUUCACACCUAAUUUUUGCCAUGCUAGAAGUUUGCUGUUUGAAGAAAUAGAUCAUUUGAAAAGGGACAGAAUUCUUUUAUUGGGGGCAAUAUUGUCAAUCCCACUUUAGCAAUGGUUGGGAUUGAGAGUAUCUCCACUUUAGCAAUUCCUCAUCAGUGAGCCUAGAUGAUUGUAUGGUAAUAUGUAAGCACAGCUGAUGAACAACAUCUCUAUCCAUCCAUCCACUUCUUUCAGCAAGAUAGAACUCAGGGCGCUUCCAGACAGCACUAAAUCAGAGGUUUAAACAGGGGCAAAAAAAUCCCAGGAUUUCAGAAGAGGUCCAUAUACGGACCUGUUAGUCCUGGGAUUUCUGUCUCCGUUGUCCAGACUUGCUGCUUUGUUCUGAGAUUUAGAUGCUCCCAAGAUGGCCGACGCAGAACUUCCACUGGAAACCUCGGCAGCUUUUUUAGAAAAGCCCCGGGAUGCGAAUAUAUGGAUAUGCAGAUCUCUGCAAAAGUCCCGUUUUUUUGUCCUGGCCAGAAAAACUGUGCCCUCCAAACAUUUCUUGAGGUAUCUGCCACACAAAUAAACCUCAUGGGGUAGGACCACUAUUGCCCAAGUCAGCAUUGCAUAAUGAAACAGGAACACACACUUUCAAGCCAGGAACAGAACUUUGGCAUUAUUGACACUUUUUAGAGCCUGGCUGCAUGGCCAUCUCUCCAGACAGAUUUGGUUGUGUACUUGUGGAAUUGAACAAUAUGGUGCUGUUCCUGGGUUAUACAUGGCUGUUUCUAUUACCCACCUGCAUGACCUUGGCUCUCAGUAUUUACAUUCCUCUCCAGCAUAUCCAUGUCCCAACAGCCAGUAGUACAUUUUUGCCAUUUACUAAACUGUACCCAUGCUGUCAAAAUACACUCAAUGAGGAACAGACAUGUAUAACCCAGAAACAUCAUCCUGUUGUUCCCUGGCACAAGUACACCACGAAACCUGUCUGCACAGACAGCCAUACAGUAAGGCCUGACUAAUUACAGUAAUUAUGACAUUCUGUUCCUGGUUUGAAAGUGUCUGUUCCUGUUUCAUUGUGUACUACUUAAUGUGAAAGUACUUGUUGUACCCCAGGAACUUCAUUUUUCUGCCACAAACUUCAUUAAACAGGUGAAGGACAAAGUUCCUCUUCCCAGGACAAAGUUUUUGCCUUCUACUCAAGUGUCACCUUCUUUUUAGGAACUGGCCAACCAGGAACAAACAUCUAAAAUCCAGGAACAAACCCAGAUAAAAAAUUCUGUAAUUUCUGAUUGCGGGGACAUACAGACAUGUGAAGAUCCAGAUAUUCAGCUAAAAACCGCGAUAUUCCAGCACCUGGAAAUCUCUCGUUUUUUUGCCUUUUGUAGCGAUUGCUUCCGGGUUUACAGGGGAUGGCAUCUGGCCACCCUCCUGAUUGCUGUGGGAGCUACUGGGAUAAAGGUACUGUCUGGAUGGGCCCUCAAACAGAUACAUUUUUUCACCACAAGCUAUGCUGGUGAAGUUCUUUGCACCUCCUUGUAUGAGUGGCUCUUUCACAAUUAGUGAGCAUUUUAAUUACAGUCCCAAUGACAGCCUGAUGACAGAUGUAUAUCUUCCAGCCUCCUGUACAUUUUGCACGGUCCUUGGCAAAUAUAAGUUUGUUUUUCUAUCACCAUUGUAACAGUGAUGGCCAACUUGGGAGCCAGUUUUCUUUACCACUGAAGACCAUUUGGGGGCUUGAUGGAGUCCCUGAAAACAUGAAAAAAAGGAAAACACUCCAGGUUGAGAUUUUUUAAAAAGGUAUGCAUCCUGCAGCAUAUUUACAAGACCCAUUUACACUACAUAAUUAUAGUGUUGUGAUUCUCUUUGAGCUGCCAUAGAAACAUCAUCUGGAAUUUACAGUUUAACCAGGUAUUUUCUGCCAGAGAUCUUUAAUGCCUCACCAAACUGCAAAAACCAGGAUUUCACAGGAUGCAUGCAGAAAUGUAAAGUGGUAUCAAUGUGUUAUAACUGCACAAUGUGGCAGGGUCCUAAUACCUUCCCUUUCUUAUUUUUGUCUGAGGGAGCCUAGAACAAGUAAAGGCUGCUAAAACCUCCUUGCAGGGACACAUGUAUAUGCAUUUUGCUCACCCUUGUAAUAGAAGCAACAACAGGAGGACCAAGAAAUCUCCCCCAGUUGGAUACCAAACUGCUUUAUGGGAAAGCAUAAUGAAUUUUGGCUGUUGUUUCUCAUAUCUUCCCUUAUGGAUGUAAAGGUAGGCUUUGACCUGAACCAGAGGAUGGUAUUGCAAGAAACCACGUUUGAGUUGUUGCCUCUCUGCUCAUGAGUUUGUUCCUGGUGGAAGACAAUGCCUGUUUUCUUUGAGACUGACCCUGUGUCAAUGCUGAAAUAAAAAAGAUUAAAUGAAAUAA